AUGAAUCUAGGCCCUGACGCGGACUCCGAAGAUAAUCAGAAUCCUCUCAUGAUUCAAUUCUUUACAUGGGAUAGUAAACAUACCCACAUGAGCUGGUGGGAGCACUUCCAGACACAGGUACCCGCGCUUCAGGAGCUCGGGGUAACGCAAGUCUGGCUCCCCCCUCCCAAUAAAGCUAUGGACAGUAAACGUGGAAGAGGCUAUGAUGCCUAUGAUUUGUGGGACCUUGGUGAAUUCCCGCAAAAGGGCUCCACGUCAACCCGGUGGGGAACAAAGGAUCAGCUACUCAGCGCGAUAGCUAGUGCACGAGAACACAAGAUAGACGUUCUCGUAGAUGCUGUCUUGAAUCACAAAAUGGGUGCCGACAGGAGCGAACGCUUCGUGGCGGUACCGGUUGCACCUGACAACCGCCUGAAAGACAUUGGACCUCCCCGAGAGAUUGAGGCGUGGACUGCAUUCGACUUCCCUGGUCGAGGGGACAAGUAUAGCAGCAUGCGAUGGACCCAUGAGCACUUUACAGGAAUAGACUGGGACCACCUUACUAAGAAUAAUGCCGUAUAUCGUAUCCCGACUGACCGUCGGAAGGGCUGGUCGCACUUAGUCGAUAAUGAACUCGGGAACUAUGACUAUCUUAUGGGCGCUGAUAUAGAUCAUAACCAUCCAGAGGUCCGCGAGGAUAUCUUUGCAUGGGGCCCUUGGGUGUUAGAUACCACAGGCGCCGCUGGAUUCCGAUUAGACGCCAUAAAGCACAUCGACCGGGGUUUUCUCUUAGAAUUCAGAAUGUUUGCCGUCGCUGAGUACUGGUCCGCUAACAUAAAGUUGAUACUGCCGUAUAUCAAAGCCUUCCAAGGACAGGUCGCGUUCUUUGACGUGCCCCUGCACGGCAACUUUCACCGUGCGAGCCACUUAGGCCACCAGUAUGACCUCCGCACAAUUUUCGACAAUAGUAUUGUGAAGUACAGGCCAGGGGACGCCGUGACAUUUGUCGAUAAUCACGACACGCAAAUAGGACAGUCACUGGAAAGUUGGGUCGGCGACAAUUUCAAACUGCAAGCCUACGCGCUCAUCCUCCUGCACACUGGCGGCCAUCCGUGCGUAUUCUACGGGGACCUCUACCCAAACACCGAAUGUUACAACAAGCACAUCGCCUUGAAGCUCGCUUUCCUCAUGCGAGCGCGGAAGGUGUAUGCCUACGGAUCCUGCAUCGACUACUUCAAGUCCAGGAACUGCAUAGGGUUCGUCAGGACGGGAGAUAAGCAGCACGACGGUUGCGCCGUUGUGCUUUCCAAUGCGCAGUUGGGGACACACGAUGCGAUCCCUGGGGUGAGGAUGAACGUCGGCGUGCACAAUGCCGGCCUGACGUUCGUGUCGUACCUGGUCGACGGAAAACUGGUCCCGAUUGAUGCGGAGGGCUGGGGUCUGUUCCCUUGCCCGAAGGACGUAGAAGUAUGGGUCAAACGCGAUGGAGAACAAUAG